AUGAGACGAAUAUUCUACGCGGUGCUACUCUUUGCGAUCGAUGUAUUUGCAGGAAACUGCACCGAUGAUGCGGUUUGUCCUACCCUAAUGCUUGGCCCGGUGGCCAAAUCAAGCGUGAAGGCAAAGUGCUCCUGCAUCGUCGCCAUCUUCCUGCCUUCAUAUGCCAAAGGCAAUUUCCUGCUGACAAUCGACGAUUUGUGUCCGGUAAUGUGCGGGACUUGUACUCCUCCCACUACCUCUACUUCAACCACGAAGCAGCCGACGACAACUACACUUCCAGACUCUGAACGCUAUCAACAGAUCCUUGAAGCUGACGAGAAAUUUAAUGAAUUGACGAAUCAGCUCAUGGAUUUGGGUAUCCAGCUCAACGCCACCGACGGCCUGGACCGCUACGCAAAAUAUGAGCAGCAAAAGGUCCAAGUUGAUGCUCACAACGAAAAAUAUGAAGCCGGAGAGACACUGUAUCAAGAAGUGCUCAACAAAUUUAGCGUCAUGAAAAGUACAGAACGGGCUCCGCUUUCACUCAUUGUACAACCGUUCGAUACCGUGCCGACAACAGCGGCUGCUCCAGUUGUCCGUAAGAAGCGUGAUGCCGAGAACGCAACAGUGGAUUGGCGGCCGUACUUUGGGGACAUUAUGGAUCAGGGGAGCUGUGGAGGUUGUUGGGGAUUUGCGAUGAAUGGUCUCCUAGAAGGAUGGCUGUCCAUUAAAGGCGUACCAACACCCCAGCUAUCGGUCCAACAAAUCCUGGACUGUGACCGCCAAGUCGAUCCCACUUACGGAUUGGCGAACAAAGGAUGUGAUGGAGGGUAUUUUCAGGUAGCCACGAACUAUCUGUCCACCAAAUCGGUAACUACCUCUGCUACCUACCCCUACCGUGGCAGUAGCAACGCCACAUGUCUCCUCAGCGGGUUCGGGUCUUCGCUGAGGGUGUCGAGCUUCGAUACGGGCUUCAUCACCACCACCAACAAAACGACCACCUCAAAGUUCAUCAGUCUCAGCCAAGACAUGGAGAAUCGUGUCCGGAAAGGGCCAGUGGCUGUCGGAAUGGCAGUUGCUGAUGAGCUAUACGCUUAUGGAGGCGGCAUUUAUGAUGGGCCCUGUGCUUCUACCAUCAAUCAUGCAGUGGUUAUAGUCGGAUUUACAGAGCAGUAUUGGAUCAUCAGGAACAGUUGGGGAGCCACGUGGGGAGAAUCCGGCUACGUUCGAGUACUCAGACGGAAUGGAACAGAUCCAUGUUCGUUAACUUCUUAUUGGGCUACGAUUCUUCAAUUUGGGACUGCCGAGGACAAACCAAACCAAUGGAUCAACAUUCCAAGUGGCCAGAAUGUGACUGCAAGUACAGAGGAGCCAGAAGCGAUUACCACAACUGUAGCUACCAAUUCUACGGGUACUUGUGACGCGUGCUCCGUUUGUUCUGUAUGUGGGGAGGACGAUGACGACGACGAUGAUGAUGACGAUGACUACUUCUGGGAGGAAACGAGUGAGGAAAAAGAUGCUAUUCUGCCAGGCCGGACGGUCGAGCAGAAAACCAGCACUACUACGGUUUUGCCAACAACUUCAGACCGGAAAAUUACGAGGCCGGCAGGCGUGAAGACCAGUAAAGUAAAAGGCUCUAAACGACCCUGGACAAUGCCGAAAAAAGUGACGACCACGACAACGAAGAAGACGACAACAAAGAAAACGACGAUCAUCCCAACAACUCAAAAAAGUAGGAUGAAGCCUCUGCUGUUUUGGGCGUUGAUUUCCGCUGUAUUUGCCGAUUUUACCCCACAUUUUCGUCGUUUCCUUCAUGAUAGCUAUGGCAUAUCGAUGGUGACGCAGUUGGAGCGGACGGAUCUCGGUCCGGGCGCUUCUUUCGGCGGGCGCAUGGACCAAUUCGAAGAGCCCAAACAACAAGCCGUCAUCAUCAUCCACGGCAUCACCAACACGGCCGCCAGAUUCCACGGCACAGUGAAAUAUCUGCGGCAGCAUGGAUACCAAAAUUCGGAGAUCUACGGGACGACGUGGGGUGAUGGUGGGGCGACGCCGGUCGGCCUGGUGGAUAUGAAGUGUUCGUACGUGAAGCAGAUCAGAUCGAUGAUCAUCGCCGUUCGGCAAUACACCGGGACCGCCGUCGACGUCAUUGCAUACUCAAUGGGGUCACCGCUGGCAAGGAAAGCUAUCUUGGGCGGUCAAUGCAUGGACACGCGAGAAAUUCUGGGACCUCCACUUACCGAGCUGAUCGACACUUUCCUCUCCGUCGCCGGAGCAAAUUAUGGAAGCUCGCUAUGUGCAAUUCCGAUUCCGGACAUCAACCAUCAAACAAAAUACGAGGGUCUGUUCGUCUUCAGUCUAUUUUCGACGAGUGAUGAGAAGGUCGGUUUCCGGGCAUGUGGUAGACCGGUAAGCCCAAUUCUGGGAGGCACGGGCUUUGUGAAACGCGACGGAAUGAACCACGAUCAGUUGAUGGACAACACAAUCCCCAUCCAAGUCAGCUUCAUCCAAAAACACAAGCCCCGA